AUGAAAGACAAAAUGUUGUUGGAGUUGGAACAGCUGAUCAACAAUGGGAAAUGUGAGGAUUGCGGACAAAAGGAGGGCUUUAUUCAUUGUCUGUCCUGCUCAGGAGAGCACAGCUGGUGUUCCUCAUGUGCUGUCAAAGCCCACCAGAACAACCCCUUCCACAACCUUCAGCUUUGGAAUGGCAAGUUCUACGAGUCUACUACCCUAUGGGACCAUGGGUAUAUAAUGCAUCUUGGCCAUGGGGGACAUCCUUGCCCCAAUGCGUUGCAGCAGUCAAACCUGUCACCCUGGUCAGAUCUUGGAGCCAUGGAAGAUGUGUUUGCACAUGUGGAGGAGGAUACUAUUUAUGAAACACAGUUGGGAUUGUCUAACCUGUGUCCUGGAGCUGAGAAGGACAGACAUCUACAUCUGCUAAAAGCAAAGUUAUUUCCUGCCAGCAUCACUCGGCCUCAAUCUGCUUUUACCUUUGAUGUGCUAGAUAACUUCCUCAUAGACACUUUGGAGUGCAAGACCUCAGCUAUGAGUUUCUAUCAAAAGCUAUAUUGUUUUACCAACAAUGCUUUCCCUCAUACAAUACUUGAUCGCUACCGUGAACUUGUGUGGGUGUCUCGUAUAUGGAGGGAUUUGGUCAAUAGAAUAAGGUUUGGCUUUGCACACGAGUCGGACAGAUCUCCUGGUCCAGGGGAUUUAGCUCUUUAUUGUCCAGCAUGUCCCCAGCCUGGCAUCAACUUACCUUCUUCUUGGAAGGAUACCUAUGACAGUUGGUUGGUCAUGCAAAGAUACAUUGUCAAUGGAAAUUUUACAGCUCAGCAUAUGAAGAUGAAGACUCCAGAAGAUGAUGUUUCACUAGCAGAUGGAAAGGGAUACAUGAAAUCAUCUUGCAGCUAUCACUGUGCUGUGAAUGUAGCCAAUGUCCAGAGAAGCAACCUAAGAGCUACAGGAGUUGGGGCAACUGCAUGUGCUAGGCAUGGAUGUUUUGUUCCCCAUGCAGUAGUUGACUUCCAAAAGGGAGAGAGUGGAGUAUCCACUUCCAUGAACAGAUUCGGCCUCAAUUUUAUUACAGGAGCUGGUCAUAUUGAUGGGGAAAUCUUGGAGACCCUCUGGGCCUUGUUUAACAAGAUUUCUCCAACUGCAAGGUCCAUGACUCUCUCUCACAGACAGGAAGUCUUGGAUGACCAUAUGAGGGAUUCUAAUUGGAAGAAGCUUGUCAGAAUUGGCAAGUCCCCUUUAUUUCCGAGAUGUCAACUUUGA